UGUCCUGGCCAGACAUCACUCGCAUCUCACUUUCUCUCUCUCUCACAUACACUCACCCUCACUCCUGAACUCCACACACUCUUUCUCUAUCCCGUACAGAGCAGAGGCACCGGCCGGACUCCACCAAACUUAAGGAAACAUGAGUUACUCCAGUGACAUCUACAGCAGCAGCUCCUAUCGGAAGAUCUUCGGAGAUGCCCCCCGGUCCGGUCGUAACGUGGGUCUGGGAAGCGGCAGCCCGUCCCGCCUGCACUCUGCGGGAUACCGCAGCAGCCACCGCACUUAUGGGUCCCCCUCCGUGGUGUCCUCCACCACCUACCGCAGGACGACGGCGCCCGGCCGCGUCUUUUCCUCCAUGCAGGAGUCCUCUAUGGACCUGACGCAGUCCACCGCGGUCACCAACGAGCUCAAGAUCAUCCGCACCAACGAGAAGGAGCAGCUGCAGGGCCUCAACGACCGCUUCGUGUCCUUCAUUGAGAAGGUGCACAACCUGGAGCAGCAGAACAAAGUUCUGGAGGCGGAGGUGACGCUGCUGCGGCAGCGCCACAGCGAGCCCUCGCGCCUGCACGAGCUCUACGAGCAGGAGAUCCGCGAGCUGCGGGCGCGUGUGGAGGAGAUGACGCACGAGAAGAGCCAGAUGCACCUGGACUGCGUGCAGAUGAACGACACGCUGGAGCGCGUGCGGGAGAAGCUGGACGAGGAGAGCAGGCUGCGCGAGGAGGCGGAGAACACCCUGAAGGGCUACCGGAAGGAUGUGGACGACGCCACCUUGGCGCGCCUGGAGCUGGAGAAGAAAGUGGAGUCGCUGCUCGACGAGAUCGCAUUCCUCAGGAAAGUUCACGAAGAGGAGCUGCAGGAGCUGCAGACGUCCCUGCAGGCCACACAGGUGUCAGUGGAGAUGGACAUGGCCAAGCCUGACCUGGCUGCUGCCCUGAAGGACAUCCGGGCCCAGUAUGAGAACCUGUCUGCCAGGAACCAGGCCCAGGCUGAGGACUGGUACCGCUCCAAGUUUGCCAAUGUGACCGAGGCCGCCGCCCGCAACCAGGAUGCCAUCAAGCACUCAAAAGAGGAGCUGAGUGAGUACCGCAGGCAGGUGCAGGCUCGCACCUUGGAGAUCGAAGCCCUCAGGGGCCACAACGAAGCCCUGGAGAGGCAGAUUGCUGAGAUGGAGGAUCGCCAUAAUAAUGAAAUCGGAGAGAUGCAGGAUACCAUCCAGCAGCUGGAGGCUGCCCUGCGUAGCACCAAGGGAGAAAUGUCCCGUCACCUGCGUGAAUACCAGGACCUGUUGAAUGUCAAGAUGGCGCUGGACAUUGAGAUUGCUGCCUACAGGAAGCUGCUGGAAGGCGAGGAGUGUCGCCUGAGCUCUGUGGGCGGCGCCAUGGUCCAGUCCGGCUACCCCGGCUUCUCCUACAUGUCGGCCCGCACCUACACCCUCGGAGCAUACAGGAGGUCCGGAGCCAAACCCGAAGAGGAGGAAGAAGAGGCUGAGGAGGAGGAGAAAGAGGAGGAGGAGGGAGAGGAGGAGGGAGAGGAGGGAGACGAGGGAGAGGAGGGAGAGGAGGGAGAUGACCAGGAGGAGGGUGAGGAGGAGGGAGAGGGAGAAGGAGAGGGAGAGGAGGAGGAGGAGGAAGAGGAGGAGAAGCCGAAAGAGAAGGAGGAGAAAGAGAAGAAGAAGGAGAGCCCCACCGGGAAGAACAGCAAGAGCUAAACUGCUCGUGUCAUGUUCGUCAUCUUCAUUAAACUCAUUCCACAUCCCACCAGUCACUCAUGGAUCUGGUCUCUGUUCACAACAUCUCUGUGUCACACACACACACACACACACACACACAACUCUGCACACUCCGGUUGCGUCACACCUUCCGAGUAUUUCUGUCUCUGUUUGCUCUGGAAGUCAGAAGUGAUCUGUUCGAGCGCUAUUAGGCAGAGAGGGAGCUUUAGAGAGGAACAGAGUGGGCAGCAGAAGAAUAUCAGUUAUUUCCAUACUCUGCUCAGCAGUGCAGAGAGGAGCACAGAAAACUAGCAUGACGCCACAAAAGUCCAAUGACGUUGGAAAAGAAAUGUUUCUUCUUCAUAUGAGCAACAAUAAAUGUGCCAUUGACGAUCAAUAGCCACUGUAACAGCAAACACAAUCUUGAAAGUAGGGAUUUUGUCAGCACACAGACUUUUAAGAUAAAUGCACAGAUCCUUGGGCAUGAGAAACAGCCAGUCCAACUUUUAAGGUGCUAUUUGAUUUUUACAUAUAAAAGUUGGGUAGUCCUGAAGGUAAACACAUUACCACUGAACAAAGCUCCACCAGCUCACUCCUGAAUGUCAGCUUGCUAAGCAGGAAUGUAGCGGAGAAACUGCUUCCGUCUGAACUCGGGGUACAUCCACACAUUUAGCACAGCAGGUGAAUGCUUCCACUCCUUUCCACUGUUGCGCACUUAGUCCUUCAUUACGUCCCUGUUUAAUUUUCUGCAGUGUCAUACGAACUGUACAUACAAAUGUAUUGAGAGAGUGGGCGGUAUUGUCAGAUGUCAGAAAUGAGAAGUGCUGCAGCUUCUCCUCGAGGAAGUGCAUCUUUGGGAAUGAAAAAAUGUAGAGUUUAAAUCGCUGCUAUAUAUAUUUUGGGAAUAUAUUAUCCCCUCUUUGAUUGAUUCAUUCGUCACUUAUCUCACAUGUCUUGAUUUACGGGUGAAACCAACCUGUUUUCUUUCUCCCCGCAUAGAUGUUGUGGUGCUUUUGUUUCAUAGAGCUGGAAACAGGAAGCUAGGAGAAGGUGAGUGUCGCUGUCAGAGUCUGCCAGCUGAAGGUGACACUGACGGCCCUCAGUUCAGACUGCGUGUGGCAGGUGGGGCAGAUGCUGCUGGGUUCAUGGUUAUAUGGUACAGAGUCACAUAUAAGGGCUAUUUUCCCCCUAACCUCUUCUGACACUUUGCCCUGAUUGUUUUUUUUUUUUUUUUUUCCAAUCACUGUCGUUCAUCAUCUUCUCCCCCUGGCCUUGGUUUUAUGACAAAUGAAUCAACCAACGGGCAUGAAUGCAUGGCCUGACUCUCAGAGCUUGAAUAUCUGCUGGAUGGGAUAGAUUUUUGCUUGUUGUGUGUUCAAUUAAAAAAAACAAAAAAACUUGCCUUAACCAUAAUCAACAGUUAAAAUAAAACAUGUUUUCACCUGCAUCUCACAUGUGUCUGAGGAGGCCGAGGAGUUCUGACACACACCAGACCGUUCUGCUAUACAACUGUGACUGUACGUGCUGCUAUCUCAUGCAGUGAUAUUCCUCUCAAAGCCAAAUAAAGACAUUUAUUAACCAAA